AUGCUCGACAAUCCCUUAGCAAUCACCACCUCGUCUCUCGGUCUGCACCCCUCGCAUUCACUGCCCGAGAAAGUCCACGCCGCUGCGUCCACUGGAUUCUCGUCGCUCGAGAUUGUCUACCAGGAAGUCGUGGACUACGGCCUGUCACAAAAUCCGGUGCUAGAUGUAUUCAAUGCCGCACGCGCCAUCGCACAGCUAUGCCGGUCGCUCAAUGUGUCGGUGCUGGCCCUGAAUCCCUUCAAGAACUUCGAGGGCCACCACUCGCCGCGGUCCACUCGUCUCGAGUCCGCAAGACACUGGAUUGACGUUGCUGUCGCGCUUGGAGCUGAGCAUUUACAGGUCCCGUCGCAGUUCGACACUGCCAACAGCACAGGCGACUGGCAGCAGAUGGUACAAGACCUGCAGCAGCUCAGCGACCUUGCAGCCUCUCGGUCGCUGCGCGUCGCCUACGAGGCAGUGGCAUGGGGCAGCUACAUCAACACCUGGGAAGACAGCCUCCGCAUGGUUCAGGACGUGGACAGGGGGAGUUUCGGGCUGUGUCUGGACUCAUUCCACGUUGCUGCGCGACUCUGGGGGGACAAUACCGUUGCCGGUGGCAUGCAGGAUGACGCGUGGCCGGCCCUCGAGGCGUCGCUGGCUCGAUUCACUGACUCGUGUCAGCUCGAUAAUGUUUUCUACGUCCAGCUCUCCGAUGGGGAGAGAUUUGCUCCGCUAUUGUCGUCUCAGCAUCGGUUCUACCAGGCUGGUUUCCCGCCUGCGCUUACUUGGUCGCGCCACAUGAGGGUUUUCCCCCUGGAAACUGGGCUGGGCGCGUAUUUACCCGUCGCGGAAAUUGCAAGGGCUUGGCUGGUCGACAAGGGGUGGAAAGGAGUGGUUUCGAUGGAGAUAUUCGACUGGAGAAUGAGGGAUGAGUCCAGACGGCCGAUGGACAAUGCCAGAAGAGGCCUGCAGUCGUGGCAGAAGCUGGUCAAGGCUUUGGAGUAGGAUAUUACAGUAGACCG